UUACGUAAAUUAUUUGAAAAUGUUAAAAAUCGAAAAAUUAUCACAAAACUUAUUAAAUCUAAGGUUUGUUUGUCGUUUUUCAAGUACUUUUCGUCAUCAAUUUGCAAUUGAAAAGCCAAUAUAUUAUCCCAAGCGGAGUUUGUCCGAAGAAGAUGAAUUAAAAGUUCCUGUUGCAGAGCCGGAAAAAACACAGACAAUAGAAAGUUCUGAAGUAAUUGGGUUAUCGCAAAAAACUAUUGAUUAUUAUAAAAUUCUUGGAGUUAACAAUGUCGCGUCGGCACAUGAAAUUAAAACUGCGUAUUAUAAUUUGGCAAAAAAAUUCCAUCCUGAUGCUAAACCGACUCCAAAUGAGACGGAAACAUUUCGCAAAAUUUCUGAAGCCUAUCAAGUUUUAAGUGAUGAAAAUGUUCGAUUGGAGUAUGAUAGAAAUGGGAUGGUGGUAGUAAAUGGACGAGAGGCGACAAAAGGUGCACUUGGAUUUAAAACAACGAAUUUUCUAAGAUUUUUCAAAAAGCAUCCAAAAGCAAUUAACAAUCAAAGCGCACUGGCACUCACAGGGGCUCCUCAAGUAGCUGGAAACAAUGAAAUCGAAAUGAAAUUGAAAUUCCAUCAAGCCGUACAAGGCUGCAAAGAAUACAUUGAUGUUGGAGUAAUGGCCAAAUGUCCCAGGUGCAACGGUGCCACUAGAAUGGGUAACCAAGCUAAUAUCGAAUUUUGUCCCAAAUGCGGUGGCACGGGUCAGCUCCGUAUAAAAACAACAAACUACAUGGACCACGAAAAGUGUGAAACCUGCGAUGGCCGACGAUAUAUAAACAAAAACAGUUGCAAAACUUGCGACAAUCAAGGUUAUCUAGUUCAGAGUAAGCGUGUCCAAGUUGAUGUACCACCAGGAACAUCAAACGGAGAUGUCUUCAAAAUAAACCACCCACUAAACAAUCAAAUAAUAACAAUUAAAGUAAAUGUAGAAAACAGCACCCACUUCAAGCGUGACGGUAAUAAUAUUGCUACCGACAAGUACUUGACAAUCAGUCAAGCUGUUUUGGGGGGAAAGUGCAAAAUUCGUGGAUUAUAUGAAGAUUUAGAAGUGAGUCUUGGUCCGGGAUUAGAAAGCCAUACUAUGCAUUGUUUCAAGGGAAAAGGAAUUCGCAACAAAGAAGGACAUGUUGGAGAUCAUGUAGUUACAUUUAAAAUACGAAUUCCAAAAACUUUGACCACAAAGCAGAGACAAUUGAUAUUGGCGUUAUCAAGAGCCGAAGAUCCCAUAUUCGAUGGGCUAUAAACUAUAAUUUUGUUUAGUCUGUUUUGAAGGGCUGGGUGUGUUUAUUUUUAAGAAUUUUGUUAAUUAAAUGAAGUGAUAUAAGAA